GUAGAUAUAUAGGCACACACGCAAAGUGAAGGCUCAUAUCUUCUUCAAACAAAGCCUUCUUUUGCAAUGGCUUCUGUCCUCAAGCUCCUCUCUACUGUCCUCCUCCUCCAUUCCUUUGUAGCAGUGGAGAGCCAGCGGUGUGAGCUUUCGAGCAUUCAGGUGCAGCAAACCAACACGGGGAAGAAGGUGGGAUACGACCCGGUGUUCGAGGUGGAGGUGAAGAACCUGUGCCGGUGCACCGUCAGGAGCGUGUUCCUGCGGUCGGAGGGCUUCGCCAGCUCCAUGAUGGUCGACCCCAAGCUGUUCCGCCGCGAGGGCGCCGGCUAUCUCGUCAACGACGGGAAAGGCAUCCCCAGCUCGGUUUCCGUCAAGUUCUGCUACGCGUGGGAUCGGGCCUUCACGAUGUCCCCCGCGAGCUUCCAGGUGGGUUGCUGGUGAUCGGUGGAUAUAUGCAGCAGCUCCAUGGGAAGAGCUGAGCUGCAUGUGGACAGAAGCAGCGUGGGGGAUGAUGAGUUUGGAGGGGUUGGAAUAACUGGGUUGUAACCAUUCCUUUAGAUUAGGGUUUCUUGGUGUGUGUCAUUGUCUUCUUUCUUUGUAGCAGUUCAAAGUAUACGAAAAGAAGUUGCACCAACCUUGUGAUCCCCUAAUGCUCUCCAUUUAGAAAAAGCCAG